AUGCCUACUAAUCUGUGUGAUGGACUUACAACGGCCGAUAAUGGUCUUGUCUUCGAUCGAAAUUCUCAAAAUUAUACGUUAGAAGGAAGUUAUACCAAUAUUUAUUGUCCUGAUAAUAAUUGUGAUAAUGAUGAUAACAAAAAAAUUAGUUCUGCUUUUAUAGGAUUGCUAGGUUUCUAUAAGGAAGUUGUUGAUAUGCAAAAUAUAGAGAGUGAUGAAAUUGCUGAAUACGCUAUUUUAUGGUUAGGUCACAUACUGAAUCAAAAAACAGAAAAUAGAACCACCACAUUAAAUGAUUUUUAUACCAAAUACAUAAAAACAAAUAGUUAUUAUAAUCAGGAAAAAAUUGGUGAUAGUAAUAAUAAGAUUAAGAUAGAUGUUAUAGAUGCAAAAAUAAAAUCGAUGAAUAUGAAUAUUAAAGAUAUAUCAAAUUUUUAUGAUGCAUUUAAAUUAUUAUGUAAGAUGAAUAAUGAAAUUGGUACAAAAAAAAUCCAAUGCAAUACAUGUUUAAAAAAUGCUGGAGAAUUUUAUGAACAAUAUGAAAAACUUAAAAAUGAUUUAGAUAUUAAUAAAGGAAGUUCUUAUUUUCAACUAUGGUUAAGUUUAUCAAAGGAUUAUGACAAAUUUAAAGAGAAAUAUAAUACACGUGGAUGUAGUGAUAUCAAAUUCCUUGAAUCUUGUUCACAAAGUUCAGUGAAAAAAAGUCAAGUGACAAAUAGUCCAGUUACAGAAUGUUCAGUGACAAAAAUUCAAGUGACAAAUAGUCCAGUGACAGAAUGUUCAGUGACAGAAUGUUCAGUGACAGAAUGUUCAGUGACAAAAAGUACACUAAUUCCAAUUGCAAUUAUAUUUGUUGCAGCAUCAAUUUUAUUGGGAGUUUCUUAUAAGUAUUCGUUAUUUGGAUUUCGGAAACAAUCUCAAAAACAACAUUUAAGAGAAAAGCUAAAAAAAUAA